CUCCUGAGCCAUAAGUAAAACUCACAACUCUCAGUUCUUAGUUCAGUGGACAUUUGAUAAUUUGACUAAGGCUGGGGACUAGCCAUUCUGACCACAAAGGAAGAAGUACCCUCUUCUCACCAGAAAGCCAGGCCAAUAGCAUCAUGCAUCCUUGGGUAGCCAUCCUGGGCCUCCUACUCCUGCCAGAUGGUGUAACCUCUUACCAUCGAGUGACUGGAGUGGUGGGUCAGAGUGUCACUCUACCCUGCUACUAUAAUGGAGAAGUCACAAGCAUGUGUUGGGGCCGAGGGGCAUGUCCUUGGUUGAACUGUGGAACUAGCAUCAUCUGGACUGAUGGAUACAGAGUCACCUAUCGGAGGGAUGGACGUUAUCAGCUAAAUGGCAAUAUUCGUGGAAGGGAUGUGUCUUUGACCAUAAACAAUGCUGCCGUGUCUGACAGUGGCUUGUAUUGUUGCCGAAUUGAGGUGAGAGGGUGGUUCAAUGACAUAAAAACCACCCUAGAGUUGAGGAUCAAUCCAGCUCCACCUACAACGACAACGACCACCACCACUACAACAACUACCAGCACUACUCCAACAACCACUACCACUACUCCAAGAACAACUACCACUACAAGGAAAACUCCCAACACUAUUCCAAGAACAACCACCACUACAAGAAGGACAACUACCACCACUAUUCCAAGAACAACCACUACAAGAAAGACCACUACCACCACUACUCCAAGAACAACCACUACAAGAAUGACAACUCCCACCACUACUCAGAGAACAACCACUACAAGAAAGACAACUCCCACCACUACUCCAAGAACAACCACUACAAGAAUGACAACUCCCACCACUACUCAGAGAACAACCACUACAAGAAAGACAACUCCCACCACUACUCCAAGAACAACCACUACAAGAAAGACAACUCCCACCACUACUCCAAGAAGAAACACUACAAGAAAGACACCUGCCACCACUAGAAAGACACUUGACACCACUACUCCAAGAAGAACCACCACUAUAAGAAAGACAAGUACCACCACUACUCCAAGAACAACCACUACAAGAAAGACAAGUACCACCACUACUCCAAGGACAACCACUACAAGAAAGACAACUACCACCACUACUCCAAGAACCGCUACCACCACCACCACUACUCCAAGAACAACCACCGCUACUAGAAAGACAACCAUUACUACUACUCCAAGAACCACUACCACCACCAGCACUACUGCAAGAACAAUCACCACUACAAGAAAGACAACUACUACCACUACUCCAAGAAGAAUCACUACAAGAAAGACACCUCCCACCACUACCCCAAGAAGAACCACUACAAGCAAGACAACAACUACUACUACUCCAAGAACCACUAUCACCACCACCACUACUCCAAGAACAACCACCACUACGAGAAAGACACCCAUUACUACUACUCCAAGAAUGACUACCACUACUCCAACAACCACCACUGCUACUCCCAAAACAAUAACCACCAUGACUCCAACAACCACCAUGACUCCAGCAACCACCACCACCACCUCCACUACUCCAAGAACAACCACCACUAUGAGAAAGACAACCAUUACUACUACUCCAAGAACCACAACCACCACCAGCACUACUCCAAGAACAACCACCACCUCAAGAAAGACAGCCAUUACUACUACUCAAAGAACCACUACCGCCACCAGCACUACUCCAAGAACAACCACCACUAUAAGAAAGACAACCAUUACUACUACUCCAAGAACCACUACCACUAUUCCAACAACCACCACUACUACCCCCAAAACAAUAACCAACAUGACUCCAACAACUACCAUGACUCCAACAACCACCACCACCAUCUCAACUACUCCAAGAACAACCACCUCUAAAAGAAAGACAACUGUUACUACUACUCCAAGAAUGACUACCACCACUCCAACAACCACCACUACUACUCCCAGAACAAUAACCACCACGACUUCAACAACAACCAUGACUCCAACAACCACCACCACCACCACCUCCACUACUCCAAGAACAACCACCACUAUGAGAAAGACAACCAUCACUACUACUCCAACAACCACUACCACCACCACCACUACUCCAAGAACAAUCACCACUACAAGAAAGACAACUAUUACUACUACUCCAAGAAUGACUACCACUCUUCCAACAACCACCACUACUACCCCCAAAACAACAACCACCAUGACUCCAACCACCACCACCACCAUCUCCACUACUCCAAGAACAACCACCACUAUGAGAAGGACAACCAAUACUACUACUCCAAGAACCACUACCACCACCAGCACUACUCCAAGAACAACCACCACUACGAGAAAGACAACUAUUACUACUACUCCAAGAACCACUACCACUACUCCAACAACCACCAUGACUCCAACAACCACCACCACCACCUCCACGACUCCAAGAACAACCACCACUAAAAGAAAGACAAGCAUUACUACUACCCCAAGAAUGACUACCUCUACUCCAACAACCGCCACUACUACCCUCAAAACAACAACCAUGACUCCAACAACCACCACCACCACCUCCACUACUCCAAGAACAACCACCACUACAAGAAAGACAACCAUUACUACUAUUCCAAGAACGACUACCACUACUCCAACAACCACCUCUACUACCCCCAAAAGGACAACCACCAUGACUCCAACAACCACUGCAACCACCUCCACGACUCCAAGAACAACCACCACUACAAGAAAGACAACCAUUACUACUACCUCAAGAAUGACUACCACUAUUCCAACAAGCAGCACUACUACCCCCAAAACAACCACCACCAUGACUCCAUCAACCCCCACCAUCACUACUCCAAGAACAACCACCACUACAAGGACAACCAUUACCACUACUCCAGCAAUGACUACCACUAUUCCAACAACCACCACUACUACCCCAAAAACAACCACCACGACUCCAACAACCAUAAUCACCACCACCACUACUCCAAGAACAACCAAAACUACAAGAAAGACAACCAUUAUUACUACUUCAACAAUGACUACAACUAUUUCAAGAACCACUGCUACUACCCGAAAAACAACACCCACCACCAGUCCAACCACCACCACCACCACUACUCCAACCACAAUGGUCACCACUGCUCCAACAACCACCACCACUGCUGUGCCAGCAACAAUCAACACCACUACUCCAACCAUGACAGUCACCACUGCUCCAGUGACAGCGAGGUCCUCUACUUCUGCUCCUCCAAUGCCAGCACCCACAGAGGACCUCCAGCCAGCUUCUUUAUCUUCUCCAACUCAGACAGCAGAAAGCCAGCCUACUACCCUGUAUGAAACAAACAUAACCAGCUCACCAUGGCACUCUUGUUCAACAGAUGGAAAUGGCACCGUGACCCAGUCUCCAGAUCCUCAUUGGCAUAACAAUCAAACUAUUGCGGUGCUGGCACAAGAAACAUGGAUGAGCACCAACAAGGGAGUCUACAUUGGAAUCUCGGUUACUGUUUUGGCAUUGUUGGUCAUGUUUGUGGUAUUCUGGAUUAGGAGAAGUAAGUCACCUCAGGACUGAAAUAUUCAGAAAUAUUCUUGAGCCCACAGGAGUAUUCUUGAGCCACAUGUUUUCAGUUUCAUAUAACUUUCUUGCUUCUUACCUUGUUCUUUUUUUUUUUUUUUAAUUUAUCUUAAAUUUAUUGUUCCACAAACAUGAUAUUUAAAUUCUCCAUAGGAGAAAUUAAAUAUGGAGAAAUAAGCACUGGUUGUGUAAAGUUGAGAUUUGGAAGUCAAAAGCCAAGGUUAUAUACAAGAUUUGUUCCCUCCCAUUUUGUUCUUUUCGCAUUCCCUCAAUAACAAUAUUUUAUCCCUAUUGGGAGUAAAACCGUUGAUGGUUUUAUAACACCCACUUAAUAGAAGAAGCACAAGAGACAUUAGGAGGGUACAUGAUUUCAGAGCUAGGAGAAGAACAAAGGGAUUCACAUGACAGUCAUCCAGCACCUCGUGGUCUCCUUCCACCAGUUGUGUGUUUAUGUGUGUGUAAAACCUGUCUUCUAUGGGAGAAGUGCAAUAUUCAGGGGUUUUUUUUUUCAGUGAAAUAUAAUGGCAUUAAAGUAAGCUAGGGCAUGUAGGUCAAUACACUAAACCUAUGAAUCAGAAGAUACUCUAUACCAAGGGGCUCACUUGGCUCCUAGAGAUUCAAGAGAAGUUACCUGGAGUUAUCAGGUUAGGGUCCAGAUUGAUUUUUUUCUCCUUUUAAAAAAAUAUUCUUUCUUCUAAAUUGAUUUUUUUUAAGACUCUGAGAGCUGUACUGAUUUUGCUUAUAUUAAAGUAAUAAUUGUAAUAAUAUACUUUGGAAAAAAAUCUCAAAAACUCUUUGGCUUAUAUGUUUUAUUUUUUCUUCAUUUUUCCCUCAAUUUAGGAUAUUUUUGCCAGGGUAGCAAGGCGGAGCUACUACAGUAUGUUUGAAAUGGUUUGUGUAAAUAAUGCCUUUUGAUGUUCUUACUCUAGUAAACAUAAGGAAAAUUUCUCUGUC